GCCAGUCGGCCCCGGCCAGCCACCUCAUCCGGGUGGAAGGCAACAACCUCUCCCAGUACGUGGACGACCCCGUGACGGGAAGGCAGAGCGUGAUGGUGCCCUAUGAGCCCCCGCAGGUGGGGACCGAGUUCACCACCAUCCUGUACAACUUCAUGUGCAACAGCAGCUGCGUGGGAGGAAUGAACAGGAGGCCCAUCCUCAUCAUCAUCACCCUGGAGACGAGAGACGGGCAAGUCCUAGGAAGGAGAUCGUUCGAGGGACGGAUCUGUGCCUGUCCCGGCAGAGACCGGAAAGCUGAUGAAGACCAUUACCGAGAGCAACAAGCCCUGAAUGAGAGCGCAGCUAAAAACGGCAAUGCCAACAAACGCACAUUCAAGCAGAGCCCCCAGGGCAUCCCAGCACUGGGGGCCGGCAUGAAGAAGCGGAGGCACGGGGAGGAGGAGAUGUACUACGUGCCUGUUCGAGGCCGGGAGAACUUUGAGAUCCUGAUGAAGAUAAAGGAGAGCCUGGAGCUGGUGGAGCUG